GAACUGUGCCUUUAACAGAGACCCGGAAGUACUUUCCUGUGACACCGGAUGUACAUCAUUUCAAUGUGACCGGCAUAAAGAUCAAAUGAUGUUUGAUUCGUGACUUCAGGAGGGAAUUAAGAUUAUACAAAAUGUUUUUAACCACCGUAAACUUGGCCAAGGCUAAAUCUAAAACCAUCCUGGUCCAGAUGGUGAGCGCCGCGGGGACGGGCUACUGCUUCAACACCAAGAGAAACCGCCUGAGAGAGAAGCUGGUCCUGCGGAAACACGACCCCUUCGUGAACAAGCACGUCCUGUUCCUGGAGAAGAGGAAGAUCAGAUCAAUUUAAAAGUGCUUCAUCGUCUGUACAGGCUUAAAGAGCAGAACGUUUGAUUUGUUGUCUUUUGUUAUGUCUUUUUUAAAUUUGGUUUAAUUAAAAGCCUCCUCAUGCUCCUGCA